GUACUCAUCACUCUAUAUACGAGCCUUUGCUACCCACCACGAGAGAGACGCCCACCGUACAUCGAUCCAUCGCCGGCCGGCCGCACACGGGGUGGAUUGAGAUCGAUCGAUCGAUCGGGCAGCGGCGGACAUGGGAGAGCUGCCUCCGGGGUACCGGUUCUACCCCACUGAGGAGGAGCUGGUGUGCUUCUACCUCCGGCACAAGCUCGACGGCGGCCGACGCGUCCCCGACAUCGAGCGCGUCAUCCCCGUCGCCGACGUCUGCUCCCUCGAUCCAUGGCAGCUCCCAGAGGCGCACCAGGGCGCGUGGACCGGCGACGGCGAGCCGUGGUUCUACUUCUGCCCGCGGCAGGAGCGGGAGGCGCGGGGCGGGCGGCCGAGCCGCACGACGCCGUCGGGGUACUGGAAGGCCGCGGGCACGCCGGGGUGGGUCUACUCCUCCGACGGCCGCCCCAUCGGCACCAAGAAGACCAUGGUGUUCUACCGCGGCCGCGCGCCGGCGGGGGCCAAGACCAAGUGGAAGAUGAACGAGUACAGGGCCUUCGAGGAAGACGACGACAACGCAGCCGCCGCUGCUCCGGCACAGAACCAUUAUCUCCAGACGAGGAGUGACUUCAGCUUGUGCCGGCUGUACACCAGGUCAGGGUGCCCCCGGCAGUUCGAUCGCCGGCCGCCGAGCUCCUCGGUGGCAGGCGGCGGCGGCGAGAACCGGGCGGCGCCGUCAUCCACCGCGGCUGCGUUUGCCAACGAGGAUGCUGCUGAAUCCUCCGGGAAGAGUCAGAAGAGGAAAAGGAGCGCGCCAGAUGACAGCCUUGACAGCACCUCAUCCAGCGACGACAAUGGCGGCUGCGAUGGCUCUAUGCUGCAGCAACAGCAGCAGAGGCAGAGAGGAACCGAUGAGGAGCUUGUAGAGUGCAGCAUGACGGACUGGGCAGAUCUUUUGGACUGGUUUUGAUGUAGGAAUUCGAUUUUACGGUCGGUCGUAAAUUCAAGAAAACGGCGGUCGAUCUCUAAUUUUUGUUGCUAAUUUUCAUUAUUUUUUUCGUGUUGCCAAAAAAUAUUUUAGCAGUCAAAUGGUAAAUUUUGAGAAAGAUCUCAGACAGUUGGCAGCUCAAAGACACAAUUUUUUAAUGAUAACGGAAACUAAUAAAAGCCUGCUGAAAAUCAAAUUGUA